AUGAGUACUGCACUGAGUCCCGAACAUGGAAGGUUGAAUGCAUCUCCGACAAACACCAGUGGUUUUUCAGGGUUUGAUCGGUUAAGUAGUGUGAAAAGCUUUUUGGAUGAACUAGCGAAUGAUUAUAAGGAACCAGGAAAUCAAGGACAUAAUAUUGAAAUAAUGAAUAAGGACGAAGUACUUGGAUCUAGUGAACAGUUGCACCACCACCACAUGCAUGGAAUGAAUGAUGAACUGAUGAAGCACGGUGGAGGACAUAACCAUCAGCAUGGCGAGCAUGCUAUGAAGAUGUGGUUUCAUUCUGGUUAUCAUGAAACAAUUUUAUUCGAAUUUUGGCAAAUUGAAUCUUUGUAUGGUCUCUUGCUUUCCUGUGUGUUGAUUUUCAUAAUGGCUUGUUUUUAUGAGUGGAUUAAAUGGUUUCGUGUUUAUCUGCAGCUUUCUGCUGCACGAUGUCCACCGAGUUGCAAUCAUGCAGUUGAUAAAGGAAAGCAAGAUGAAGUAAAGCAAGAUGAUGAAAAACGUAUUGAUUGCAAUCGCUUGUCUGUAUCAGCACCUCUGACGACCACUCUACCAUCUGAUUAUCACCAGAUCUCCAAAAGAACAACAAAGGAAGAGAUUUCUGCGAAAAUUCGAUUCUUGCAAGCAGUCCUUUAUUUUGUACAGUUAACAUUGGCAUAUUGUUUGAUGCUUAUCGCGAUGACGUAUAAUGUUUGGCUAACCAUGGCUGUAAUUGCGGGCGCAGCGUUCGGACAUUGGUUAUUUGCUAUUUUAAAAUGUUUUAAUCCACAGACCGACGACUUGGAUACAUUUGCUACUGAUGCAUGUCACUAA